UUUUAUUCGUAGAUAAACGAGGUUUUCAAGACUAAAAACGUAUAGAAUGUGUGGAUGUCAUUACAGAAUAUUCUACAGAAAAAAAUACAAGCUCCUGAUAGCUGUAUUAUGUUCAGCAAUAAUAUGUUUGCACCUACGAAAUGCAUUAGAUAAGUACCAAAAACAUAGUAUGGAUAGACCUAGCAUAAUCAGACAAAGUGUUCAGAUAAAAAAGUACGACGUUCUGCUCAGCAGCUACAUGAGAAGCGGUAGUACAUUAAUGGGUAUUAUUCUAGGCUGGAGAAAAGAUGCGUUCUAUCUAUAUGAACCUCUCUGGAAGAUAUCAAUGUGGUCUUACUGGCAUGGAAACGAGACAGUGUGUCGGUCUAAUCGUUUUGACUGCAGAAAGGUAGCAUCUUGGGAGGCAGUUCAGGACAAAGACAGUCCGGCCACUGGUUCGUUAGUUACUGCAAUGAAGAUACUAAAAGACAUCUAUGACUGUCAGUUUAACGACUUUGCAACGACAGUUUUUCAUCAAAACGUAACUGCUAUAUAUGGAGGUCCGAGUUGGAGUCAGACGAUUCCUUGCAAUGGACACAAGAGGAAUAAUAUCGCGUGUCUACAAAAGUAUAUUCCUGAAAAAUGUAAGAACGCUACUCAUCGUGUAGCAAAAGUACUGAGGCUGUCAACGGAUCUUCUCGAAGAUAUACUCCGCGCACGUGAAAACCUGAAGGUCAUUCAUCUGUUUAGAGAUCCAAGGGCAAUCAUCAAUUCAAGAAUUAAGACGCGUUGGUACCCAGCUAGUAAAGAAAAUGAGAUUAUUGAGGUCGCAAAAUCUUUGUGCUAUAAAAUGCUGUAUGACUUUCAAGAAGGUCAAAAACUUCUAAAAUUGUUCCCAGAUAGAUUUAAGUUUAUUUACUAUGAAGAUUUAAACGAAAAUCCAUUCAAUAAAUCGGAGGAAUUAUUCAAAUAUUUGGGUAUGGAUUUAGAUAAACAUAAAUACCCGGAAUUGCGUAACUUAACUGCAUUUAGCAAUGUCACGACUCGAACUGAACGUAUGAAAAACACAGCAUUCUGGUGGAGAAAGUCUUUAAAGUGGGACAUUCUGCAGAAAAUUGACCCUGUAUGUAAAAAUGUCUAUACAAAACUAGGGUAUAAAUGUUUCACAAAUUUGCAAGAAUAUAACAACCUUUCAAUUGCAAGUGUUAAUAUACCAAAAACACAUUUAAUCGUGUAGUUAUUAGACAAUUUAUUCCGUCUGAUAAUUUGAUCGUUAAAUAUCCAUCUGAAGUGAGAUUGCUACAGUAUAUACUAUUUUCAAUAUCAUAAUGAUCCGUUUUAUUAUUGUCUUGCAUGAAAGUAUAUGAAUUAUCAUAUCGACCGAAUGACAACAAUAGUGCUAUUAUCGUAGCUGAAGAAAAGGGAAACAAAAUCUUAACACUCAUAUUGGUUGAUCUUUUUUAUAAGUAUGUAUAUCCAUCCACUUAGUUUAACAGAAAUAAUAAAAAUCUACGUAUAUCGGAAUCGUGAGGAUGUUCCCACGGCAAGGCGCAUGUUUUCCUGGAAUAAUGAUUGAAAACGUUAAAUCAGAAACAAUAGACUGUAUAAACUCCUGAAUAAUAGUAGGAAGUUACCAAGUACUUGAGGAAAACAGGUGGCACACUAGGCUAUCGUAUUUGUUUGGCACAUGAUGCUAAGUUCGACGCAGGAUCGGUACAUUGUACAUUGAUUUAGUGAGGUUGAUAUUCUCCUCAAUUUGGUCUAUAAAAAUGAAUACUCGGGAAAAUCACAAAACUUGUUUAUUCAUUCAAUAAAACUGAUUUAAAGUCCAAAGAAUAUUCAAAUAAAAUGGAAAACGGUGAAGUUAAAAAAUGACCUUAAGCUUAUUUCAGCAAUCACGAAACUUAUAGCCACAUUUGUUUGUGAAAUGUCUUAAA